AUGUCGAAUGAAAAAGUAGCAACCACGACUGGGGUCCAACCUGAUCUCGAGGCCCCUUAUCACAAUGCCGAAGUUACAAAACAAACAAGUAUUGAAGAUGUCAAAGAUGAAGAAUAUGCAACCACUACUGAAGAUAUAGAUAUGGUUGAUUUAGAAGCUAAUGAUAUGAUAUUACAUGAUAAAAUGAAAUUAGUUAAUGAUGCAAUUGAUGAAAUUGGUUUUACUCCUUAUCAUUUAAAAUUAUUUUUUUUAAAUGGGAUGGGAUAUUGGACUGAUUGUCAAUUAACAUAUUUAGAAAGUAGUGUUCGUAUGUUUAUUAAUCUUCAAUUUGGUUAUGAUUUCCCCGUGAGUGCAAUUGCAUAUGCUGCAGGUAUGAUUACUGGUGGUGUUUUCUGGGGAUUUGGUGCUGAUUUAAUUGGGAGAAGAUUGGCAUUUAAUUUAUCAUUAUUAUUAAGUGCAAUUUUUGCAAUUAUGGCAGGAGCAAUGAAUUCAAUGGCUAGUUAUUGUAUGUUUGUAUUUUUAAGUGCAAGUGCUGCUGGUGGGAAUUUGGUUUUAGAUACUUGUGUAUUUUUAGAAUAUUUACCUCAUAAAGAUCAAUGGUUAUUAACAUUUUUCGCAUUAUUUUGGGGGAUUGGUCAAACAGUUGCGGUGGGUUUAGCUUAUGCAUUUUUACCGAAUAAUUCAUGUGAUGCAAGUUGGGAUAGUUGUCCAAGUCAUUUAAAUAAAGGUUGGAGAUAUCAAUGGUAUGUAAAUGGAGCAAUAGUUUUAUGUAUGGCCGUGUUAAGAGUUACCGUGAUAAGAUUGAAAGAAACUCCUAAAUUCUUAUUAGCUAAUAAUCGUGAUGAAGAUGCCGUGAAUGUCUUACAAGAUAUUGCCACGAAAUAUAAUCGUAAAUGUUCCCUUACCGUGGAACAAUUGACAGCUUGUGGUACAAUUGAAUGUAAUGAAGAUUUCCGUAAUCAUUAUAAUUUAGAUGGAACUGCUAUGUUGGUUUGGAGACAUUUAAAAAUCUUAUUUUCAACUCCCAAGGCAAUUAGAUCAACGAUUUUAUUAAUCUUUUCUUGGCUUUGUUUAGGUAUUGCUUAUCCAUUAUAUUCAUCAUUUUUACCAUAUUAUUUACAAGCUAAACUUGAAAAAAUUGCUAACGGUAACCCAGAUGCUCUUACAGCAGCUACCACUAGUGGUGUAUAUCGUGAUUAUGUCAUUGCCAAUGUGGUUUCAAUAGCAGGUCCAAUGAUUGCUGGGUUAUUAAUUUAUUAUGUUCCUCGAUUAGGAAGAAGAGGUGUUCUUUGUAUUGGUGGUUUAAGUACAAUGGCCAUGCUUUUUGGAUAUACUACAGUAACCAAUCGUGCAGGAAAUGUUGGUUUCACUUCAGCGACUUAUUGUUGUUUAUAUAUUUAUUAUGGGGUGAUGUAUGCUUAUACUCCAGAAGUUAUGCCAUCAGCAGCAAGAGCUACUGGGAAUGCCGUUUGUAUUGUAUCCACAAGAAUUACUACCCUUGUUGUACCAAUUAUUGCAUACUAUUCUAAUACUUCAAGCCUGGUUCCUAUUUGGAUUUGUGGGGCAUUUAUGGGUGUAAUUGGGGUAGUUGCUUUGUUCCUUCCUUUUGAACCAACCAAACAAAGAGUUGUGUAA